AUGCAAUACGUAAAAAGCAAAACGGUGGUUAUUCAUGGAUCGAAUGACAAAUUGAGUAACAGCCACAUUGCCAUAAAAAAUUCAAACACUUCGCUGAAAAAGGGAUUGCACACAGACUUGGAAGGAAAAAGAUCCAUCCGCGAUGAUGCAUCUGAUGAGGAUAGACAGACAAGCGAAAAUCCGCCAAGAUUAAAGUCAUCUCUUAAAAAAAAAAAGAGCUCUUUUGAUGGAAGUACUUUGGAACAGGUGAGCUUCAAACGUGAAGAUGUGGAGGGGGACCCACUGGAGGUGAGCAGUAGCGAUGCUUCAGAGAAGCCAGUUAACGAGGCCACGUCGAAAAUGGGAGUAAUCCUAGAGGAGGGAGAAAACGAAGGUGAUGAAAGCAGCGUAAAUGAUGACAUAAACUCAGAUGAUCCAGACACGGAUGGAAACUCGGGUGACAGCAACACAGAUAGGAGUGGGAACUCGAGUGAAAAGGAAUCGGUAGACAAACCGAAGAGACUAGUAAAAAGUGGAAUCAAAAAAGUAUCCGUGUUCCAGCGGCUAGCCACGACGCACACGCUGAGCAGUAGCAACAGACACGUAAGUCCAAAGCUGAAGAAGCUGCACACAGAAAAUUUCCAGGGAGACCUGAAAAGCGGAGGGCCCAAAAAAGCCUUCAGCAUGAGAGUAGACAAGAACGUGGUCUAUUCAUCAUUCUCCCCGUACAAUAAAGCGCGAAAGAUAAAUGUGGAAAGGAAGCUAAAUAUGAUGAGGGCCAAGACGCAGAUAUUAAAAAUAGCUGAGAGGCUCAUGAGCACAGAUAAAAUCAAGCCCUUCCAAAUGGUGGGGGAGCAGAACAUUCAGUCGUUUGGCAAAAGUGGGAAACCCCUUUCGGAGAAGGUGCAGAUUUUGUCAUCGUCCCUCUCCACAAGAGGGGAGGAGAAAUUGACUAAGUUCGGAAAGUUGGAAAAUUCACAAGGAAAAACUCCAAGAGAAAUUCAGACUUCCAUCAGGAGAAGUUCAACCAAGCACGGCCACUUGGGCAACGCUAACCACCAUCAGGGCUUCUAUGAAACAGCAGCGAAAUGGAGUGGUCACAUAGAAGCGAAGAAAAAAAACGCACCAAUAUUAAGAAAGGAUAAAAAGAUGGUUUUACGUAAAAUGACUAGCCAAAAGGGAUUACCAUUAUUUGAAAACAUGUUGGCAGUAAGUCUUUCAGGAGAAGUGUACUCAUGGGAUGGCUAUGAUUGGAAGAGAAUAAAUAUCUUGUACGAAUCUUUCGUGUCCUUGUGCACAGACAAAGAAGGACACAUCAUUUGCAUCAAUAGAAAUUUCAAUCUGGGGUUUCUAAUGAGUAAUAGGUGUUUCCAAAAAAUAGACACCCAUAGAGAAACUCUCUUUUUAAAAAUGGCCAUUAGUGGGAGGAAUAAAAUGUGGGCAAUAAACCUUCGGGGCGAUUUACAAAAAUGGAACAAAUACGAAUGGGUACAGGAAAGAAAGGCCUACGGAAUAGCUAAGUUGAAGUCAUUGGCCUUUGACAGAAAUGGGCACUUGUGGGUUUUGGAUGAGAAAAAUUAUUUUUAUAUUUUCAACACACAACGUAAGAAUUGGAUGCUACAUAGUGAUAGUAGUAGGGGGGGAGGAAACAUAGAUGAUUUUGAUUUUAACGAAAGCAAUUUUUUGGUAGCGCUUGCCUCUGAUGGGAUGAUAAAAAUUUGUAAAAAUGGGCGAUGGGUGAAGUGCGGAAUUUUGGGACAAAUGAAAAUUACAAGUUUGCACUUUUUGAGGAAUGUAGGGGGUGAUCAUCUUCCGGUGGGCAUAAAAAAAUAG